ACAGACUAAUAAUAUCUGCCUCAAUUUUUAUAUUCAAAAUAUGUCAAAGCAAAUGUCAUUUUGAAGAGGACGAUCAAUUUGAAUUUUGUGUGAAAAUAUUUAAACCGCAUAAAACCAAAAAGACUUAGCUUGUUAAAUUUAAUUUGAGAUAAAAUUAUUCGUGAUCAAUAACCAAUUCCAGUAGCUCUAAAUAUCCCAUCAUUUGAAAAUAAACCAGUUAAACUUGUGCUUAAGGUUUAAACAGUUGCUCAGCAGUUGUGUAUGUCAUAACAAAUAUCUAGACCUACAUCUUACUUUAUCAAACUUGAUUGAUAAUGUUGAGUAGAAAUAACAAGUGCAGCAACUUAAUCAUCAUAAGAUGAUAACAUGAGGAUUCAUUUAAUAUAAUUAUUAUAAUACUUCUCAAUACCAUGUCUCAAAAUCAAAUUUUCUGAAUCAAAUUUUUAGAAAUAAAAUUUUAAAUUCUAACAAUAUUUUCUAUUAUCAAAGCUCUUUUUUUUUCAGACAGUCAAAGUGUCUUUCUUAAUUAUUUUAAGAGAAAAGCCUACUGGCACUUUUGGACACAUAUGGUUUGGCUGUGUUCAUUUGUCAACAAUUUUGAAAUGCAGAGCAUUCUGCAAUAUUUCUGGCGAGUGAAGGAAUUAUUGGGGCUCGAUUUGGAGUACGGAGGAUGGAAUUUUUAUUGGAAGAUUUGACAAUAUGAUACUUGUGUAACAUAUUCCGAAUGAUUUGAUUGUUGGAUGUUUACUGUAUUUUGACAAAUUAUAAUCGACGACAAUUAUUUUUAUCAAUUUGAUCUUCGAGUUUUGGUUUAGAAAAUCAAACACAUAAUACAUUAGAGGUUAACCUCAGAUUCUGUUUAAUUUAUAACUCAGAUAGAUGUAUCGCAUUAGACAUACUCAAAGUAUAAUAUAUUCCAAGAAUACACUAGUCUAACCCAUGUCAAUAUUAUACAAGAAAAGAAAAAUGGACAGCUCGAGAAUUUCUCUACGUACAGGUAACAAAAAUAAAUUAGAGCAACUCUAAACUAACUAGAGAAAAUGACAUUUCUUCUCACACUAUGAGCAACUCAACUGACAGUUUUAGUGACCGCCCAAAACUCUAAACCUAUGUCUAGAGUAGGCAUCAUCUGCAAGCAGCCUUUGAGCAUCCGUUCUCCAAUUGCAAUCUCACUAUGCGACUCUGCUUCGAUUUUUUUCUUUCGAAUGUAACUUCACGGAGACCGAUGUUACGAUCAAGAAUACGCCGUCUGAGCACAUGAGAACAGUGUAAAUUUGGGAUCCGCCCAACUAGACAGACAUUUUAGUCCUAAUUAAGUCCUAAUCAGCCCUUACCUAAACCUAUCGUUGAUAUAUUAUGCUGCCUGCUGUGAGCUGUCGUGAACUGCAAUCUCUGCUGUCUUUGAUUGAUGUAGUUACGCUCCAGUCUUUUGACUUAGCCACCACUGAACACAAGGCAGCACAGUAGGAAAUUAGCAUCGAUCCCACCAACAAAGAAGAAAAUCACUUCCUCACUCCCCGCUAUCCUAAUUAGUGAGAUUAACGUAUGAGAAGAAGAAGGCCGGUGAAUUAAUUAGGCUAAAUAUAAGUUUUAUAACUACAAAGUAGCCCGAAUUCCCUUGCUAUGACUAGCCCAACCAAGACAAUGGGCCCUUGGCCCAGAAAUCAUCCUCCAGCCCAGUUCCAUGAAUCAGAUCUUUUGGGCCCCAACGGUCAUGUUUCCCCCCGCGCCUUGCAUUGAAACAGUAGCAGCGGCACACAAUCGGUUGUUUUCUCAUUUCCAGUCCAUGGCCGAUGGCAAAGGCGCCAAGUCCGUCGCCGUCGCCGCCGAUAGAUUGAAGCGGGAGGAUUGUAAUCGGACAAAGCACGAUCCCGACUUCUCUAAAUGGCAGGUUCUUAUCGGGCCAUCUGAUUGGGCAGACUAUUCAGUCGGGAAGGAAGGAGCUGCGAGAUACAGAGUCCACAAUCUCCCUUCCACUUCUUCCGCCGGAGUUUACGAGCUCGGGAUCUCGGUCCGCCGAUCCGAUUCGGGUCGAGAACUCGGGAAGCAAGAGAUAGUGGUGGUUUACCUCGGGCAAGCUGAAAGUGUCAGGACCCGACUCCAGCGGUACGGGCGAACGGGCGCCCAUUUGGGAAGCAGUUACUCAACCGGUCACUGGGACGAAUUCAAGAUCGACCCUCUUCACAAAAGUGCCGGCUUGUUUGAGGAGAUCUUCUCCAGAGGCCACUCCAUUGUCUUCAGAUGGGCUGCUAUGAAGGACAAAAGGGCUGCUGAGAAGACAGAGUCACAGCUGCUCGAAACAUUCGAUUACGCCUGGAAUCGUGGUGGGAAUGGAGCUCGUAGACCGGGCGACAUUGUCCAGAAACUUGAUAGGAUUGCUUCAGCAACAGCAGCUAGUUCCAGGCUGAGAGACAUUUCCAAGAAGCUAAUGCUGUCUUUAGGCCACCAAGGUGCUGCUGUGGGUAUCAAGAUUGAAGCAAGCAGCAAGCCAGUUUCACCACACAAAUCCGAAACAAAUUCAGGCGAAGACAAUGACAGCAAAAACUUCCUCCACAGGGUCUUCAACUUCAACAAGUCACGGCCCAGACUGGUUUCAGACAUCAAUUGUGGAGCAACAGAAGAGGAGAGCUCUUCUGCUAGUAAUGUCUGUGGGUUCAUUAUGGCUGAUGGCAUUCCCUGCAGAAGCUCACCAGUUGCUGGAAGAAAGAGAUGCGAGCAACACAAAGGGAUGAGAAUCUAUGGUUCGCAUAAUGUGAAAUCAAGUAAAGCAACCGAGAACAAUCGAUCUCCGGGCUGGGAACAUAGCUUAUCUGUUACCAAAUGUGGAGCAACUUUGGUGAAUGGUUCGUUGUGUAGCAGGCGGGUGGGGCAAGGGAAUGGAAAGUGUUGGCAGCACCAGGAGAAGAGGGUUGGUGAUUGUGAUGCUGGUGAAGUUCCCAGGUUGUCUGGCGAGGAGGGUUCAUUGUUGAAGUCUGAGUUGCAGGCUGCGGUGGUCACUUGUGGUGUUCGGUUGCUAGAUGGUUCAGCUUGUAGUAGAGUUCCUGUUGCUGGAAGGAAGAGAUGUUUGCAGCACAAGGGGAUGAGAGUAAAUUGAGUGAUCACCAAGAGUUUGGCGAUGUGCAACGAGGUUGUGUUG